CACAAGGAUCUGUACAAGGAGGCCAUGAUGGAGGAGCACCAGCCUCUUAUAUCACAAGAAAAUCCCAGUAAGAAUUCUGAUGAAAACAUCAUGUUAUCACAAAAUUAUAAAGCAGAAGAUGAAGAUAUCAUGCAGUGCUCUUCAGAAGAAAACGUCAAUGUACCAUUAGGACUUCACAGUACAGAUCUGUUAUAUAAUCCCUCUAAUCAUGAGGAACCUUCUCCUGACCGAUCACAAAUUGUUACCACAAGUACAGGUCAGGAAGGGGGUAAAAGGUUCCAGUGUGGUAAAGAGUUUUCAGAAAUCUCAGGCAUUUCUACAUACAGAAGCGAGAAACCAUAUUCAUGUUCAGAAUGUGGGAAGUGCUUUACGGAGAAAUCAAAUCUUCUUAGACAUAUGAGAAGUCACACAGGAAAAAAAACGUAUUCAUGUUCAAAAUGUGAGAAAUGUUUUAAUCAAAAAUCUGAUCUUGUUAAACAUGAGAGAAUUCACACAAGAGAGAAGCCAUACUCAUGUACAGAAUGUGGGACAUGUUUUAAUCAAAAAUCAGAUCUUGUUAAA